AGAAGUACUAUAGUCUUUUUCUGUGUAUACAGACACACUCGUUGCUUUAUGUUGUGUGUGAAAUUUAUUUGACAGUAUGUGCACCAGAAAUGCACAAAAAUGCUUUUUAAAAAAAGCUUUUUAGUAGCACAUUUUAUAGCACCUUUACCAAUUGUGAAUCCACACGUUUUGCUCUUGUCUGUGCUUUUUACACAUCGAUCUAAAGUGAGUUUACAACUUGUCUGGAGCGAUGAUCAGUGCCGUAGACGCGCGCGUGGUGCGCAGCCGCAGGAAAGGCGCGUGGAGUCAGUCAGUGUCAGGGCGCUCCGAGGGACCACAGCUGGUUACUCUGCACGCACUCACGCUCAACCCGAGUGUUAUGCAUCCUUUUAAGCCAAAUAAGAAAGGGGAAAUACUUUCGCGCGGUGUUUCCCUGUCUGGUCAUCGUGUCUCAACCACGGGUGGUGGAUCUUUGUUGUGUUUGGUGUUUUUGAGGAAACUGUGAGGAUUACCGGAGCGCUCCAGUCUCCAGAAAUCAGCGGUGUGUUUGAGUUUCUCGUCCGGGAUGGCCUUAUCGCGCCAGGACUACAUUGCACCAUGGUGGACCUACUGGCUGCACAAUUUCCCGCAUCUUAAUUUUAAUUUCCAGACUGUUGAUAAAACUUUUCAACCAGAGGACGCCAGCUAUCAGCAGUCUCUGAUCUUCCUGGCCUGUGUGUCUGCGGUGGGUCUGGGCUUGAGCCUGAUGGUGCUCUCCGCGUAUCUGACCUGCCUGUGCUGCUGUCAUAGGGAAGAGGAUGAGGAAGUCAAAAGGCCAGACACCUGCUGUGUCACAUGGGCUGCUGUUAUCACCGGUUUGGUCAUAUGUUCAGCGGUGUGCGUGGGUUUCUAUGGAAACAGCGAAACUAACGAUGGAGUUUACCAGUUGACUUACUCCAUUUAUAAUGCCAAUCACACACUGGGUGGCAUUGGCAGUCUGGUGGGAAACUCAUUGGGUAGUAUGCAGGUUGGGCUGAAAGAACACCUGGAGCGGUUGGAUGAGAUAUUUUCUCCACAGGGAGACUACACCCAAACCUUGCGCUUCAUGCAGCAGAUGGCCAACAACAUUAUCCAGCAGCUGACAGCCAUGCCAGACACAAGGAAGGUGCAAGUGGUUUUGGCAGCCAUCGCGCAUAAAACUUCAUUCAUAGAGUACUACAGAUGGUUAACAUACCUGCUGCUUCUGAUUUUGGACCUGCUCAUCUGUCUCAUAGCAUGUCUGGGAUUGGCAAAGCAGUCUCGAUGGCUGCUCGCAGUUAUUAUGGUGUGUGCCGUACUGACCCUAAUCAUGAGUUGGGUGUCAUUAGGUGCGGGCACAGCCACAGCUGUGGGCAUCAGUGACUUUUGUGUCUCUCCUGACAAGUUCAUUGUCAAUCAAACCAAAGACUCCUUAAGUGCAGAUAUAGUGCACUAUUACCUUUACUGCAGCCAGAGUCUUCCCUAUCCAUUCCAGCAGUUUUUGACCGUCUUCCAGAGGUCUGUGACCACCAUGCAGAUACAGGUGCAAGGUUUGCUGCAGUAUUCUGCUGCAAUGUAUCCCACCGCAGAGAAAGAUCUUCUAGGAAUUCAACGGAUCUUGAACUCUUCGGAGUUCAAUUUGCACCAGUUUACCGCCCUGCUGGACUGCCGUAGUCUGCAUGAAGACUAUCUGGAGGCUCUUCUGGGCGUCUGCUAUGACGGCGUGGAGGGGCUCCUGUAUCUGUGCCUGUUCUCUCUGCUGGCAGCCUGUGCCUUCUGUGCCCUGCUGUGUGCCGUCCCACAUGCCUGGACCCUCAUCGCCAUCAGGGACAGGGAUUAUGAUGAUAUCGAUGAGGAGGACCCCUUUAACCCAUCGAGACGCAUCUCAACGUAUAACCCCAGCCGAGCUCAAGUUCACAGUUUCUGCAGCUACAGCAGCAGCAUGGGCAGCCAGACGAGUCUGCAUCCUCCACUGCCAGCCACGACCAGCACACCAGAGUACAUGAACCAGUCCAUGCUAUUUGAAAGAAAUCCUCGCUAUGAAAACGUCCCGUUGAUUGGGAGCGGUUCACCACCUCCAUCGUAUUCGCCCAGCACGAGGACCACUUAACUGUCUAUGACUGAUGCCCAAAUCAGACACUUCGGGACAGACUUCCAGAGGUACUGUAGAUUUCCUGGUUCCUCAUCCUCAAGGAGUCUACGGCAACAUGAGAUGCGUUCCUUUAAUAGGUCAAGUAGAUGAAGAUCUCUCAUCUCAUCUCAAAUGAGGACACCUGUGGAUGUUAAAGCCCAAAAUAUUUAAUCCAUCAAAGGGAGUUCUCAAAGACCGCAUGCCAUCUAGACAUUAAAGUCUCAUCUAGAAAAGCAAAGGGUACCUCAGAGGUUUGAGGGUGAGCUCUGACCAUGUAAAUAUUUGCUCAUUCACCUCAGGGGCUCGUCAGAUCAUUAAUAAAUUGUUUUCUGUGAUAGCAGCAAACUGGAUCAGCCUGGUGUUUGAGAAUCAGAAGAAGAUCUUAAAUGUUUUUGAUUAACACUUUAGCUUAGGACAUGCAAAUGGUGAUUAUAGCUGAAGAAAAUGAUAAAGAAAUUGCAUUGCAUUGCAUUUGUUCCUGUGGCUCAGUGGUAGAGCAUUGCGUUUGGAGCGCAAAAGGUUGUGGGUUCGAUUCCCAGGGAACACGUUAGGUAAAAAAUGCUAGCCUGAAUGCACUGUAAGUCGCUUUGGAUAAAAGCAUCUGCUAAAUGUAAAUAUAAAAUGCAUUUUACCACACAAAGGCCUUGAGCUCCAUUAUGAGCUGAUUAUGACUUUUAUACUGGUUAAAUAGACAGCAAAUGAUGUAGGAAUGCAUGAGGAACAAGGUGUUUUGUUGGUGCCUUUCUUUAAAUAUACUGUACUUCUAUGCUGUGAUGUGAUUUUAACUCAUAAAUGUCUGUAUUCUAGUAGUCAGUUAUGUCUGCUAUUCAUUUCAGACACAAUUUUAUCAGGCUCACGGCACUGAACAAAAAUAAAUAUUAGUGCUGUCAAACGAUUAAUCGCAUCCAAAAUAAAAGUUUUUGUUUACAUAAUAUGUGUGUGUGUGCUGU